AUGACUGAAAAUAGUAAUAGAGCAGAAAAUGAUGAAAAGUCGUGUUCUGUGCACCACGAACGUUCUUCUCCCCACUCCAAAAGUUUUCGACACCUAGAAAAUAUAAAGCAAGGACUGAUAGCAACUGGCAUCACGUUGAGGCCAGUCUCAUUUGGGAAAAACACCAAACAGCCGCUUGUCUCCUGUAAGAACCCUGAAGUUAGUCCUGAUGUCUUCCUUCUGGACUCUGGCUCUGAUCUUAACUCCUCAGGGAAGUCAGGCUCCUGCACCAUGUCUCCUUCUGGGUUCUGGCCCAGAGAAGUUCUUGGCACAGGUGUAGCACCCACUCACGGGCUUGCUGGAUCCCAGCUGAGCAGUGACAUCACAGGAAAAACCACCAACCAAGGCCAAGGAGACCAGAGCCCAGCACCUCACCCAGAGGACCCCAGUCAGAGGCCCCAUCUCAGACCUGAGGCUAGCAUGCACUGCAGGCUGCUCUGCUGUGCGGUUCUCUGUCUCCUGGGAGCGGUCCCCAUGGAAAUGGGAGUUACGCAGACACCAAGACACCUGGUCAUGGGAAUGACAAAUAAGAAGUCUUUGAAAUGUGAACAACAUCUGGGGCAUAACGCUAUGUAUUGGUACAAGCAAAGUGCUAAGAAGCCACUGGAGCUCAUGUUUGUCUACAGUCUUGAAGAACGGGUUGAAAACAACAGUGUGCCAAGUCGCUUUUCACCUGAAUGCCCCAACAGCUCUCACUUAUUCCUUCACCUACACGCCCUGCAGCCAGAAGACUCGGCCCUGUAUCUCUGUGCCAGCAGCCAAGACACAGCCUUGCAGAGUCACCGCUUUCCUGUGCAGAAACCUUAG